UCCUCAUCCUCAGAGGCUGAAGAGGAGAUCAUCGCUGAAGACUAUGAUGAUAACAACGUUGAUUAUGAAGCUACAAGGCUUGAAAAUUUACCAACGAAUUGGUACAAAGUUUUUGACCCUGCUUGUGGACUUCCUUACUACUGGAAUGUAGAGACGGAUUUAGUGUCCUGGUUGUCCCCCAAUGACCCGGCAGCUGUCAUCACCAAAGCCAUUAAGAAACAGAAAGGUGAGACUGGACAUGACAAAGCGGACAGCCACUACGAGAAGGCAGAGAGAGACCGGGAUCGAGAGCGAGAGAGAGACAGAGAGCGGGAACGGGACAGGGAGGACGGGCGGGACAGAGAUAGAGACCGAGAUAGGGAUAGGGAUCGAGAGCGGGACAGAGACAGGGAGCGUGACAGACGGAUACGGAGAGAUGACAGUGCACCGUAUAGCAAAUCAAAGAGAGGAGGACCAGGAGGAGGUCGGAAACAGCAGCAGGAGGAAAUGGAUCCCAUGGAUCCCAGCGCCUAUUCAGAUGCUCCAAGGUAG